AACUUCUUUUCUCCAUAGACUGAUGUCAAUAACAGAUGUAAUCUCAGUAACAAGGGCGUUGUCAGUUCUUAUACUUAAAUGAUGUUCGUGUGAAUACGAUUCCCUCUUAUAUAACAAGAGCUUGGGUUAAAAUUGUGAUUUUUAUUCAUGCCUCCUUUUAUACCAUUCUUCCAAAUAUGGUGCUGAGCUCAUUUUAGUGAGUGGUCAAAUGUCUCUCUUCAUCAUCUCAGUGAGCGGCAGAAGUAGCACAUUCAUUACCAAACCGCAGCCACCAAUCAAGAUUGUUUGUAUCCUUUACUGUGAGCUACAUCCUGCUUUUCACGGACAACAAAACAAGAUAGUGGCCUUUAGGAAGGGAACGGGAUGUUUUACAGAGUGUCUCUGUUAAAUGUUUGUGUUGUUUGUCUUUGUCUGUAUAGUGUUUGCCCAACAUCACUGUCAUUUCUCUCCGCUCCUCUGAUGAUGUGCUCAAAUCUGAGAGACAGACUGGAGCAUUUCUAAAUACAAGAGAUGGAAAAUACCCCUGAUAGACGUGAAGUUUUUAUUCAUCAUCUCUUUUCAGUGUGUUGAAUUGUAGAAAUACAAAUGGUUUCAAUGUACAUUAUUCUGACUAACAUGUUUGUUUCUCAAAUUAAAUGCACAGAGAUUAUUUCCAGUCCUGAACCCAAGACCAGAGAUCAGUUCCUUCAGUACUCUCGUCAGCUGAAACUGGAUGCAAACACACUGUAUAAACACCUCCAUCUGUCUGAGAGGAACCGAGUGAUCCAAUUCUCUUACACAGACCAGCGGUACCCUGAUCAUCCAGACAGAUUCGACUGUUGUCAGGUGUUGUGUAAGGAAAGUGUGUCUCAACGCUCUUACUGGGAGAUCAAGUGGACUGGUGGUGUAGAUAUAUCAGUGGCAUAUAAGAGCAUCGGGAGGAAGGAAUUGGGCCAUGUGUGUCAUUUUGGACGUAAUGAUAAAUCCUGGAGAUUGUACUGCUCUGAAUCCAGAUUCUCAUUCUGUCAUGAUGACAAAUGGAUUAAUCUGCCUGCAAUGCCAAGCUCUGCAAGAAUCCGAGUGUAUGUGGAUGAGGGAGCAGGAAUUCUGUCCUUCUACAGCGUCUCUGACACCAUAAUGACCCUCAUCCACAGCAUCAACACCACAUUCACUCAACCACUCUAUCCUGGAUUUGCAAUCGUUUCAAUUCAUUCCAAAGUGACACUCUGUGAUCUAAGAAUGUAGAUGAUUCAGAAAUUAAACAAAUUAUAUAAUUAUCUUAAAGUGCUUGAAAAAACAUAACUAAAGUGACCAUUAUGUUCUAUUUUAAAUGCAGGUUUAAAUGCAUCCACGGUCAAAUAACGCUAGAAUUUUAUCCACACUUUUCUCAAAGAUCUCUAAACAGUUCCCUUCAAGCAGUUCAUGAUUCAGUUUCUCUAAACCCCACCGUUCCACAAGUCCACUGUGCUCUGAUUCGUCGGCCAUUCCAGUCUGUUACGAUUUGUCUUUCCACAUAGACACACAACUACAUUUCAGCUCUUGGAGGCUUAUAGUUACCUACACAGAGAUUAUUAGUACACGGAGAUACUACACUAACUAUUUGUGUUAUAAAAAUAAUGA